UCGACAACGACCACGAGUGUAAAUUGAUUAGUGAAAAAGGGGCCUAUCAAUGCAGGCAUAUUACUACUGAUCAUUCGAGAUGUCUGAUCGCCCUGCAAUAUCAAAGCGGCCAAGCUCAAAUGAUCGCGGAGUCUCGCCGCCGCCAGCAAAACGCAAACAGCAGUCCACAACGACAAGCAAGGCAGUUGCCAAUUUCUUUACUCCAGCAUCCAAGAAAGAACCCGAGAAGAUGACAUGGCGUAUCGUCAACGAAAGUCUUCUCAUCGGUCGGUACAAUGCUGCUGCACAACUCAUACCGAAAGCAGGUAGACGGAAAAUAGCAGCAUUUGACUUCGAUUCAACAUUGAUUACGCCGGCCUCUGGGAAGCGAUUCGGCCGAGAUGCAACGGAUUGGAAAUGGUGGCACAGCAGCGUCCCUGGGAAACUACGAAGCUUGCAUGACGACGGGUAUCUCGUGGCCGUCGUGAGCAACCAGGGCGGCAUAAGUUUGAAGCCCAACCCGAAGACCGUCAAGAGCGACCAGAAACGGCUGGCCGAUUUCAAGGGGAAGGUUUCAGCUGUAUUCACGCAGCUGGACUUGUCAAUCUCCGUGUAUGCUGCAACGGCCAGGGAUGGGUAUCGCAAACCCAGGACGGGGAUGUGGCAGGAGUUGCUUGAGGACUACGACCUCGAAGCCGCAGAUGCCGUGGAUCUAGAGAACUCCUUUUUCGUUGGAGAUGCAGGUGGCCGUGAGGCAGUGACGGGAGGCGUGCCAAAAGACCAUUCAUGUGGCGACAGAGACUUUGCUGCAAACGUUGGCAUUGCUUUUCACACUCCCGAGGAAUACUUCUUGCAGGAGAGCGUGAGACCGUUCGUUAGAGAGUUUGAUCCAACCGUUUUUCUCGACGAAGUGGCCGCGAAGCCAGAAUCUGCGACCCAAAAGCCAUUCGAGAACACCAACCCGGUCGACAUUGUGCUGUUUGUCGGCAGUCCGGGUGCAGGAAAGUCGUCUUUCUAUUGGAGGCAUCUUCAGCCACUGGGAUACGGUCGUGUGAAUCAAGACAUUCUCAAGUCUCGCGAGAAGUGCCUACAGGCUGCCACGGCAUUCAUCCAAGAGGGGACAUCUGUAGUCGUAGACAACACCAAUGCAGAUCCUGACACGCGGGCGCACUGGACGGCCCUGGCUAAGAAGCUCAACGUACCGAUCAGAUGCGUCCUCUUCACUGCCUCGCCUAAGCUAUGCGAACACAACGAUACCGUUCGCGCCUUGAAUGUCGGUCCGGAGACUAACCCCGAGUCCCGCCAAAUUCUCCCGAAGCUCGCCUUCACGGGCUACGCGUCACGCUACCGCGAACCACAGGACGCGGAGGGAUUCCAAGACAUCGUUAAGGUUGACUUUCAGUUCGAAGGCAAUGACGAGCAGAAGCGUUUGUGGAGCCGUUACUGGCUUUGAACGGCGCCGAACAGGCCACCCGACGGAACACCAGAACGAGGCAAGGCGUUGUGGAGAUUGGAAAAAAAACUGGUCAAGGCCGGUUCACUCGACCGACUCAUCGGCCAUCGACCAUCGAGCAGUUGUCGUCGUCUUGAUAUCCCAACCAGAUUAAACAUUACCGACCCGCAUUUCUUCCAAUCUUGUUCACUCAUUAGAUCUGUUGAUCAAAUGUUCUAGACAAUUGCCGAUCACAUAG